GAACGAGCACACACUUUGACGCUCCGGAAUCGCAUGCCGGCGAACGACAAGACUUGAAGCAAUGAUCCACGUUUCGAGAGCGCCGGAUUUCUCCAACUGCGUGGGAGUGAAUUCCAUGCCGAUGUCCGACCAGGACCUGGGCUCCGUGGCCGGGGGCGAAGGCCGGCAGAGGUCACACUCCUACUGCACGCCGGAGGACAGCAAGAACUGCGGCCUGGAGACCCCGACGGAGGAGACCUUCACGAGGCCUCGCUCCAGGUCCUUUUACAGCUACGAACAGACGGAGCGUAACUCUGAAUACGACGCGGGAAACUUCUCAAGGUCCAGUCCACUGAGGCAAAGGGUCAGCUCCCUAAUUCAGUACCAAGUGAACAAAAAGGAGAAGAGAGAAGGGGACGGGGUUGGUGCUGGAGUCGGCACCAAGAAGACCAAGUCCAAACGAAGCAAGCACUCACAAAUAGGAGAUCAUUAUGGCAGUAAAGGCAAUCUCAAGCCGGUGUGCAUGAUGACCAUCUCUGAGUCAGACAACUGGGAGAUUAACUCCUGUUCUGGGAUGAAGUAUGGGCAGUUUGUGGACUGGGAGAAGAUUGACCCCGAAGCUGCAGUGCGAUACCAGCAGAUCUUGCACAGUGACCACCAGCAGCUGAAGACAAUGGGCCGUGAAGGAUUCUGGGCCACGCCGCACACACUGAGGGCCAAAGCGUACUACCAUAUCAUCCACAGCAUCAACUCCAGCAGGUGUAUCAUUCCAGACAGAAAUGUUUACUGUGAAGUAUCCAAGACGUACUUUGGAGAACAGAAAAUCAGCACACAUGCGGUCCCAGAGUACAUGGAGGCGGCAGAAAUACCCAGAUACUGUCUGAACAAAGCGGGACUGAACUCCGUGAAAAAGAUCCUCAUUUGCCUCGGCAAAUGCUUCCCAGACAUGAACUUCUGCCCCAUCCUGGCCGAACUGGUCUCCCUCCUCCUCCACUUCAGCGAGGACGAGGCCGAGUGUUUCCACAGCGUGUCCCGGCUCAUCUGCUACAAAGACCCCAACAAGCGCUACAUCGACCAGACCUUCCUCACCUACCGCGCUUCCUGCAUGACCUUCGGCGACCUCGCCAACAGGUGCUGCAGAGGCAUCCGCAAGCUGAUCGCCAGCUCCCACCAGAACCUCUUUGAGUUCUACUCCGACUGGAUCAUGUGGAUAUUCGCCGACCUUCCCUUCACGUACGCCAUCAGAGUGCUGGACGUCUACCUAUCGGAGGGCUACAAGGUCCUCUACAGGGUGGCGCUGGCUCUGCUCAGCCUUUACAAGGUGUCCGUGUCUUCGAGAGUGGCCGACGUGGAGGACUUCCGCACGGACAUGAAGAGGUUCGUUCAGAGCGUGGCUCGCCACUGCACCGCUGAGAAUCUUCUGCAGAGGGCCUUCCUGAUCCGGAUGGCCACGCGGAGGGAGCUCAACCUGCUGUUCAACGCCAACGUGGACGCCCUCAUGCAGAAAGGCGUCGGCACGCACCAGAAGAGGCAGUCGGUCGAGACGGUGAACUUCAGCAGCUUCUCCUCCUGUGUUGUGACUGGGACGGAGAUGAGAGUCGUCUGGGCCUGGAUACCCGAGCGCUUUUCCCUCUUCAGCCCCGUCCGGCUGUUCAGCACGGCGGAACACGGAAGAAGUCUUGCAUCAUUCUAUUCACAUGUGGAGGGACUCGAACCAGCGGUCUUGAUUAUCAAAACGAUGUGUGAAGAGGUCUUCGGUGCCUUCCUGUCUACAGAUGUGAUAGAAAGAAAGAAGCACGACUCUGAGGGACUCACGUAUUUUGGAACCGGGGAAUGUUUCGUUUUCACACUGCGUCCCAGCAUGGAGCGCUACCAGCAGGCCAUGGUCAACAUCAUGACCAGAGCAGCUUCCCCUCAGAUGGCUCGGCACGGCUGUUCGGCCUCCUCUUUGGUGCCUCCCAUCACCGCCACGCCCUGUCCCGCCGGAACCCCCCAGGACACCGGCUACCUGACGAUCCCCUUCGCAGCCCCGUCAGAGCGACCCACGGCGACCAAAGAGCCGAGGAAACCCAAGGAGCAGGAGGCCUCCAUGUUCAUCGCAGGCAGUGACAGUCAGCUCAUAAUCGGUGGUGAUGGAGGAACUGCACUGUGCCUACAGGAAGACCUGGAGGCGGGGUACUCUGAGCCUUGUGACACGUUCAAGAGCACCCAACUCUGCAAGGGACAUUUCAAGAUCCAGGCCCUGGAAGUGUGGGGCAUCCAGAACUCUAUUUCAGUCUCUCUCUCUCAGUAGACUAAAGACAGAGAGCGAAGCUGUGGAACUUUGUAGCUUUGGGGGUAAUACCCUGGAACCAUUUUCUCCACCAUGCUGUUUCAUUGCACCUGAUUUCUUAUGUAAAUGUAUUGUCAUAAACAGUGGUUCCUGUGGCACGCAACGACAUCCGCUGCAAUGAUUCGCAAAAAAACAUACUCUACCUGGAUGCAUAUACACUUCCACAUGGUAUUUUCUUAUUAUUUCAGUUUCUAUUUGUAUUUUAUACUACCUUUAUGCUACAUUUUAACAUGUGAUCAGUGUUUCAUGUUUUCCUCUGUCUUAUAACUUAUUCAGAUAUAUACUGUACCUAUUGUGAACAUGAUAUUUUAUACUGAAAGGUAAAGCAUUUUCUUUUCAUUAAAUCAUUACGUUGUA